AUAUAUGUUGUCUUUUUAUAAACAAACCCCUCAACCACACUUCACUUCAUCUUCAAUUAUUCUAUUCUCUUCUCUGCAUAACUUUAGCAUCACAAUUCCACUUUCCACUAACUUCACCACAAUGCCUUCCCAGAAACAACUCACAAUAUUCUUCUUCCUUUUCCUCUCUUCUUGCCUCACCCUCACUUCAAUAUCAUCAUCACCGCAAAAAGAAGAAACUUUUGAAUUUGUUCGUCCCAUAGAUCGCAAAUUGUUAGGCCUAAACAAGAAGGAACAAUUAAGUCAUUUUAGAUUCUACUGGCACGACAUAUUGAGUGGAAAAAACCCAACUUCGAUCGCGGUUGUUCCGCCGACAUCGAAGCUAAACUCAACAUCUGCUUUUGGGUUAGUCGACAUGUUCGACAACCCUUUGACUUUAGGACCUGAAUUGAGUUCCAAAGUUGUUGGAAAAUCUCAAGGAUUCUAUGCAUCUGCAUCACAAGAUGAAGUUGGUUUGUUUAUGGCUAUGAAUUUUGCUUUUAUUGAACGACAGUAUAAUGGAAGUACUAUUAGUAUCUUGGGGAGGAAUUGUGUUUUUCAUAAGGUAAGAGAAAUGCCUAUUAUUGGAGGUAGUGGAAUUUUUAGAUUUGCUAGAGGCUAUGUUGAAGCUAAGACUCAUUGGUUUGAUCUCAAAUCUGGGGAUGCUGUUGUUGAGUACAAUGUUUAUGUUUUUCACUAUUGAUUGUUAAUAUUGUUGAGGAAAUUAAGGUUAUUUUGAGAUUUGUGUUUGUAUUAGCUUUUACUCUGUCUAUGAUAUAGAUUUAUUAAGUUAUCUAUACUAAUAAUAAAAACCAAUACACUUUUUUAGUCUA